UGAUGAACUGCGCGAGCUGCCGUAGCGCCCGUCACUCCCUCAGUGACGGCUGGAAGUAUGGCGGCGGCAGCGCGCGCACGGGCUGGCCUGCAGUCUGCAGAGGGCUAGCGGAACCGAGUCCCGGAGAACCGCGCGGUCACACACACUGAUCCGGAGCUGGGGUUCGGGUUCGGGUUCGGGGGGAGAUGUUUGGACCGGUGCACGAGUAGCGGAACCUGCCACCCGGCACCCGGCCCGGCAUGGAGCCUCCAAAACAGGGCAGGCCGACGGACCCACCGAAAGAUGAGUCCCGGCAGAACUCUGAGUUGGAUGAGUUGUGGGACGGGCUCACCCAGGAAGAGGAGUCUUUUUACAGCACCUCCCCUCCCCGCACCCCCCGCCAGAUGAAACGCAUGUCCGGCAAACACCAAAGAGGCAGCCAGGGUAGAGCUGCGGGGCGUUCUCCCAUCAAAGAGAGAAGCCCCACUGGUGGCUCGUCCCAGAAAGAGCGAGAAGGAGCCAAACCACCGGAGCCGGCUGAGGAGAUCAGUUACAAGCAGGGCAAGAAGCAGCGCUCGAACCUGCGCUCAAAUGAGCGAGACAAGAAAAAGACCUUCGAGGGCUCCUUCAUGUUAGACCCUCUCUCCAGGUCUGGUCCCUUUAGUGCAGUCAGCAUGGACCCCCGGAAGCCCUACCUGAGCUUGGGCUGCAGCUCCGGUAAGCUUCCCGUCAACAUGCCCCACGGUCUGCCCCGCACCCACCGCCAGACCUCCCGCACGGACUGCCCAGCCGACCGACUAAAGUUCUUCGAGACGCUGCGUCUGCUGCUCAAACUGACAUCCAUGUCGUCCAAAAAGAAGGAGAAGGAGCAGCGUGGCCUUGAGAACACCGCCUUCAUGGGCCAGAACAACGAGGUCAUCUGGCUGGAGCUCCAAGCCUGGCACGCUCGCCGCAGCAUCACCGACCAGGACUUGUUCUUGUACACGGCUCGCCAGGCUAUUCCCGACAUUAUCAGCAAGGUUCUGCACUUCAAGGUGGACUACAGCUGUCUGGCCACGCCCGAGACUCGGCUCGGGUCUGUGCAGAAAGAUUGCUGCCCGGGUGAGUCUGGGAACUGUGGGACCUCCCCCACCUUCUGGGCUGAGGUAGAUGCAGAGGCAUUGCUGGGCUCGGGCUCGGCGUGCCGGGAACACUUACAGAGGCAGCGGCUGGCCUUUGAGCAGGUCAGGGGUGUGAUGGGGUUGUUGGAGUCUGUAGAAGCUCUGUACCCAUCGCUCCAGACUCUGCAGAAGGACUACGAGAAGUACGCGGCGCGGGAUUUCCAGGGCAGGGUGCAGGCGCUCUGCUUGUGGCUCAAUAUCACUCAGGACCUAAACCAGAAACUGCGAGUAAUGGGUACCGUGCUGGGUCUCCGAGACCUCUCGCGCAUCGGUUGGCCCGUCUUCGAGAUCCCCUCGCCCCGCUGCUCCCGUGGCAGCGACGGCGAGGAACAGGAUGAGGAGGAUGAGAACGACUCCACCGCCACCUUUACCGCCGACAGCGACAUGGAGGAGAGCGAGCCCGCCGAGCCUUCCGAAGCCAAAAGGGAAUCCUUAACUUGCCUUACUCCCAAAUUCGCUCGUCUGUUGUCGGAGGAGCUCAUCCCGGCAUGUGGCAGCGACGGUGACGGCGACAGCCAGUGCUGUCCGACUGCCAUAUACAGACCCUUUGUAGACAAGGCACUGAAGCAGAUGGGCCUACGUAAACUCAUCCUACGCCUACACAAACUGAUGGACCGCUCGCUGCAGAGGUCCAGGACUGCACUGCUGAGCCACUCGCCCAAUCAAGAGUUGUCGGAGGUUCCGGACUCGUCCUUGCUGUACAUUGACUACCUACCUGAGCUCUCUCGUCACCUGGGUGGGCAGGUGGAGGAGGAGGCGGGGUCGGGGCGGGUCUCGUGGGCGGAGCUGCAGGAUAUGGAGCUGCCCUCGUUUCGGCCUGCGUUCCUGGUGCUCUGUCGCGUGCUGCUAAACGUCAUUCACGAGUGCCUCAAACUGCGCCUGGAACAGCGACCCGCCGGCAAGCCCUCACUGCUCAGCAUCAAACAGUUGGUGCGCGAGUGUAAGGAGGUGCUGAAGGGUGGGCUCCUGAUGAAGCAGUACUAUCAGUUCAUGCUGCGCGGCAUCACCUCCGACCCUCAGGGCCUGCAGACCAACGCCAACAUCGACGAGUUCGAGGAAGAUCUGCACCAGAUGCUGGAGGUGUACUUCGGCUACAUGCGCAACUGGAUCGAGAUGUUGCAGCAGCUUCCCCAGGCCUCCCACAGCCUGAAGAACCUGCUGGAGGAGGAGUGGAACUUCACCAAGGUCAUCACCCCGUAUAUCCGAGGAGGAGAAGCCCAGUCCGGCAAGCUGUUCUGUGAUAUAGCUGGCAUGCUGCUGAGAUCCACAGGAGAGUUCCUGGAUGUGGGUCUUCAGAAGAGUUGUGAUGAAUUCUGGGAGAGUGCUGACUCCAGCACGGCCUCUGAUGAGAUCAGGCGGUCAGUAAUCGAGACGAGUCGAUCUCUGAAGGAGCUUUUCCACGAGGCCAGAGAGCGAGCGUCUAAAGCACUGGGCUUCGCCAAGAUGUUGAGAAAGGACCUCGAGAUCGCUGCUGACUUCAGCCUCGCCAGUGGAGUGCCUUGUAUUCUCCAAGCCUUGAAAGAAAGGAACUACGUUAAGGUGCAGAUUCCAGGUCUGGAGGAGCUGCAGAUCUUUGUUCCAUGUGGUUUAACGGCGCAGCGCUCCACCAUACUGCAGCUGCUAAAUGCAGCGGCGGGGAAAGAGUGCUCUAAAGAACCGGACGAGAUGCCUGAGGACGAGGCCUACCUGCUCAUGAGCAAACACGGAGCCGGGGACGCGCCUUCUGAGACCAGCUGGGCGGAAUGGGACGGAAGGACACUCAAACUGGUGCCACAGAUGGAGACAGUGGACACACUUAGGGCCAUGAAGGUGGAGAACCUGCUGCUGAUUGUGAUGCAGUCGGCUCACCUGGUGACUCAGCGUAAAGCGUUUCAGCAGUCGAUGGAGGAGCUACUGACCCUGCGGCGGGAGCAGACCUCCAGCCAGCCCCUCAUCGCUCAGGCCCUGGAACAGCUGAAGAAUGAGGCACUGGAGCUGUGCAAUAAGAUAAACAGUGCCAUAGACCACGUGGAGUACAUGUUUACCUCAGAGUUUGAGGCAGAAGUGGAGGAGUCUGAGUCGGCCACCCUGCAGCAGUACUACAGAGAGGCUAUGGUCCAGGGAUACAACUUCGCCUUUGAGUACCAUAAAGAGGUAGUGAGGCUGAUGUCCGGCGAGUUCCGACAGAGGAUAGGGGAGCGCUACAUUUCCUUUGCCCGGAAGUGGAUGAAUUACGUCUUAACGAAGUGUGAGAGUGGUAGAGGUACCCGACCCAGAUGGGCAACGCAAGGCUUCGACUUCCUUCAAGCCAUUGAACCUGUAUUCAUCUCUGCACUGCCUGAAGAUGAUUUUCUGAGUCUUCAGGCCCUGAUGAAUGAAUGUAUUGGUCAUGUGAUCGGGAAGCCACACAGUCCAGUAAGCGGACUGUACCUCGCUCCUCGGAACAGUCCUCGACCUGUCAAAGUUCCUCGUUGCCACAGUGACCCGCCAAACCCAUCCCUCUUCAUCCCUAAUGCUGAGGGCACCAGCUCUCGGAGUCUCCCAUGUGACCUGCGACCCCAGCUAUACCCCCUCGGCCCCCGCCCCGUCCCUCAGGCCCCCACUGGGGAAAACAGCACCACCAAAGCCCUCAGCACCGCCCCCAAUGAGCACAGCGUCCACGAGAACGACCGCCUGUCAUCAGUCGCCGCAGAGCUCCAGUUCAGAUCCCUCAGCCGCCACUCCAGCCCCACAGAGGACCGCGAGGAACCGUCGUAUCCAAAGUCAGACCAUGCUGCUGCUGUCCGACGUAGCUGGGAGCUACGCAACUUCAUUAGCCAAUCAAAAGACACGGCAGCGCGGCAGGACCCGAUGGAGGCGGUGCAGCGCGCCAUCCGCUCGUUUGAGGAUAAGCGCUAUGCGGCGCUCCGGCAGCGCAACGUCAUCGGCCAGGUGUGCAACACGCCAAAAUCCUACGAUAACGUCAUGCACGUCGGCCUACGCAAAGUCACCUUCAAAUGGCAGAGAGGAAACAAGAUCGGUGAAGGGCAGUAUGGAAAGGUGUAUACCUGUAUUAAUGUGGACACAGGUGAACUGAUGGCCAUGAAGGAGAUUCGUUUCCAGCCCAACGACCACAAAACGAUAAAGGAGACUGCAGAUGAGCUGAAAAUCUUUGAAGGAAUUAAACAUCCGAACCUGGUCCGAUACUUCGGCGUUGAGCUCCAUCGGGAGGAGAUGUAUAUAUUUAUGGAGUAUUGUGAUGAGGGAACGUUAGAGGAGGUGUCCAGGCUGGGGCUGCAGGAGCAUGUGAUCAGACUCUACUGUAAGCAGAUCACCACCGCCAUCAACGUUCUUCACGAGCACGGAAUCGUGCAUCGAGACAUCAAAGGAGCGAAUAUUUUCCUCACGUCGUCGGGUCUGAUAAAGCUGGGAGACUUCGGCUGCUCGGUCAAGCUAAAGAACAACGCUCACACCAUGCCUGGCGAGGUGAACAGCACUCUGGGAACUGCAGCAUACAUGGCUCCUGAGGUCAUCACAAGAGCGAAAGGUGAAGGACACGGUCGAGCCGCUGAUAUCUGGAGUCUGGGCUGUGUUCUUAUCGAGAUGGUCACUGGAAAAAGACCUUGGCACGAGUAUGAACACAACUUCCAGAUUAUGUAUAAAGUGGGCAUGGGCCACAAGCCACCCAUCCCAGAGAAGCUGAGCACCGAGGGCAAAGACUUCCUGUCCCACUGCCUGGAGAGCGAACCCAAACGCCGCUGGACCGCCAGCGCACUGCUGGACCAUCCAUUCGUCAAGGUCUGCACAGACGAAGAAUGACCAGAGAUAAGGAGAGGAGAUGGUGGUGAUGGUAGCAGCAGCGUUGGCGGUGGUGGCCCUGCGUUCCCUUUACGUUUACAAAAAUGCUAGCACUACUGCAUACGGUAUUCUCAUGGAACUGUGGUCUCAUUAACCAGUGAUGACUGAGGAAAAAGUAGACUGUGGGAAAUCUCUGGCUAGCUCCGAAUCCAAUCACGGUACCCUUUUGGAAAAUGUGAGAGAGCAAGUCUUACUUGUACAGAUAAAUUAGACUAAAAGGGGAAGUGUGGUUGGAGAUAAAUGGUGGAGGAAUGAACGGUGGCAGGCAGGAGACGCAGGAGAUGAAGGUGGAGGCGCGUUGUACAUACUGUAAGAAUAUACAUCUAGGGUUUAUCUUUUGUAUAAAGCUUAUUGUAAAGCCACUUCUGUCUCAGCGAAGACGACAAAUUUUGUUCCAUAAGCAACGAGGAAUGUUCUACACAAAAAGGAAACGGAAAACAGAACAAAUGGCACUUUUCUGGAAAGCUGUUGCCUCUCAAAGCACAAAGGAGGAGAAGGAGGAGGAGUUUGAGGAAUGGAGCUUGGAGUUUGAGCAAAUCACUGCUUAGAAGUUUAAAUUAUUUCUAUGCCAUGAACUUACGAUGUUGUUGAUGAUAGACAAGAAGAA